AUGGCCCUGUAUGACGAUUUGGAUACAAAGCAGCGCGCUGACCAGAUCGACGGUUGGUCCUCGGGGAUAAAACUCCUCCAGUCGCAGCUGGCGGUAAAGAAAGCCGCCGUGGGAGUGUGCCACAUUCCGCGGAAAGCCACCACGCUAGCCCCCGUGAUUGACCUGAAAGCCAAGAAGGACGGUCCCGAUGACAUCUUCAAGCCGCAGAGUGAGGUGCUUCGGUUGCAACCGCCACAGGUGAAGAACACACCCAGGAGCACAUUUGUCCCGGCUUCUGUGUCGUCUCUGCCGGAGCCCCCAGUAAGAGAGUCCACGGUGACUGAGGACGCGGACUGGAGUGUGGUGGAUGAGUAUGAUCCCAUGUGGCCGAAUGACUAUGAGAAGCUGGUGAAGGAGAAGCGCGACAAGGAGCGCGAGAAGGCUCGCGAGCGGGAAGAGCGGAAGCGCGAGGAGAGAAACACAAAGCGACGUGUGGCUGGUGUUCCGAGGAUUGGCGAGGAGGGAUCGCCGCCGGUGAAGUACAUGGGCUUCGGCGGAAGACCAGCCGGACACUCUGACGAUGAGGAGUACAGCAAAUCCCCACCGGCUGCAGGAAGAGCGUCCAUGGGAGCUGCCAUUGCUCCGCCGCCGUCUCUGCAGGAGAACAGCACAGUUGUGUCGGACAAAUUGGGUCUGGCGAAUGUCGGCGGCUACGGAACGAGCAGUGUGGCGGCGAAGAUUAUGGCGAAGUAUGGCUUCAAGGAUGGCCAGGGCUUGGGAAAGCAGGAGCAGGGUAUGGCAGUGGCUCUGCAGGUGGAGAAGACGUCAAAGCGAGGCGGCAGAAUCAUCCACGAGAAGGAAUUCAUGCCGCCGCCGUCGGUUCCCAGUCCGCCGCCUCAGAGUGCAGAGCCCAGCAUCACAGAGAUCAUGAAGUCGCCCAGCAAAGUCGUCUUGCUGCGCAAUAUGGUGGGCCCAGGCGACGUGGACUCCGAACUGGAGCCCGAAGUCAAGGAUGAGUGCAACACGAAGUACGGCGACGUGGUCAUGGUGGUGAUUCACGAGGUUCCGGACACAAAUCCCGAGGAGGCGGUGCGAAUAUUCGUGGAGUUCAAGCGUAUUGAGAGUGCCAUCAAAGCCGUGGUGGAUCUGAAUGGGCGCUUCUUCGGCGGCCGACAAGUCAAGGCGGGAUUCUAUGACUUCGAGAAGUUCCAGAAUCUCCAACUUCUAGGCUAAGACACUUGUAUUUUCAUGGAGAGCAUGGAAUCCCGAAGCGACUUGCAUUGAAAAGGUGGCACAGACUUGAGAUGCUGGUGGAAAAGUAAAAGCUCACGUGCACUAUAAAG